AUGGCUCCUCCACUCCGCUUAAAUCAGUUAUAUAAUAAUGAAAGUUAUGAAGUUGUGAGUGCACAUAAUAUGUGUCUUUCAGCCAGGGCUUGCUAUCCUUAUCAAUAUCUACCUAUAUCGGAUAACAGUGAUUCUACCUUGGACCUCCCCUUCCCAGAGGAAACCAGGGAUAGAAAGAAGCUGAAAAGAAGUAUAAGUAUUGCUGAUUCCAUGGAUAGUUAUAGCAGUCAAUAUAGUGAUGGAAUCAACUUUUGUACUUAUGACAGCCCCAGCAUUAGCCGCACAGGCAGCUUUAAUAACUUGUCGAAGCUGCAGUUUCGUGAUCAUAUAUGGACUUAUAAUCAAAGAUACCUUGCAGCUGAGGCUGUUGAAGAGGCGGCAGAAGCCAUCAUCAAUAUUGCUGAAGAAAGUGAUCCUGAAGAAGAUGAGAGUGCUGAUGAUAUGAGGCUGGUUAAACUUCUCUUUGGUUGUGCUGAAGCUGUGGCUUGUCGAGACAGGUCACAUGCCUCAGCUUUACUAUCUCAGCUUAGAGCUUGUGCUUUAGUCUUUGGCUCUUCCUUUCAGCGUGUAGCUUCUUGCUUUGUCCAAGGUCUUGCUGAAAGGCUUUCUCUGGUUCAGCCACUUGGAGGAAGUCUUGGCUUUGCAACACCACCCAUGAUGAACAUAAUGGAUGUUUCCAUCUCAGAUAAAAAGGAAGAGGCUUUAAGCCUUGUUUUUGAAAAUUGCCCACAUAUUCAAUUUGGCCACUUUGUGGCUAAUGAAACAAUACUGGAAGCCUUUGAGGGAGAGUCUUUUUUUCAUGUAGUGGAUUUGGGCAUGACACUAGGUUUGGCACAUGGCCACCAGUGGCGUGCAUUGAUUAACAGCCUUGCCAACCGUGCUGAUCAGCCACCUUGCCGUCUCCGAAUAACUAGUGUUGGCCUUGCUGUUGAUAGAUUCCAAACCAUUGGGGUAGAGCUCAAGACCUUUGCUGAAAUCAUGGGAAUAAACUUUGAGUUCUCAGUGGUGGAAAGCAACUUAGAAAAUCUUCAGCCUGAAGACAUCAAACUGUUUGAUGGUGAGGUUUUCGUUGUCAAUAGCAUCCUUCAACUGCAUUGUGUAGUUAAAGAAAGUAGAGGGGCUCUUAAUUCAGUUCUGCAGAUAAUUCACAAGCUCUCUCCAAAGGUUUUAGUACUUGUUGAGCAGGAUUCAAGCCACAAUGGGCCUUUCUUUCUUGGGAGAUUUAUGGAAGCACUGCACUAUUACUCUGCAAUUUUUGACUCCCAGGAUGCCAUGCAACCUAAAUAUGACACAAAGCGGGCCAAGAUGGAACAAUUCUACCUUUCUGAGGAGAUAAAGAACAUUGUGAGUUGUGAGGGAUCAGCAAGGAUGGAGAGGCAUGAGAGGGUGGACCAGUGGCGUAGGAGGCUGAGCCGGGCAGGAUUUCAAGCUGCACCUACUAAGCUGAUGGCUCCGGCCAAGCAAUGGCUUGAGCAGAAUAAGACUUUUGAAGGUCAUACCAUUGUGGAAGACAAGGGUUGCUUGGUGCUUGGUUGGAAAUCUAAGCUAAUUGUUGCAGCUUCUUGCCGAAGUGUUAACUCACAGCCGUGA